AUGCAUCUCUCAAGCUUCGCCGUUGGGCUUCUGCUCCCUCUGCUGGCCAUCGCACAAUCGGAUUCCUCAACUCUGACUCUCACAUCGACCUUGAGAUCAACACACACUGUCACUGUCUCCCAAGUCGUUGCAUCUGUAACCUCGACCUACCCUGCCUCUUCCAGCUCUUCCAGCUCUUCCAGCUCAAUCUCUUCCUCAACAUCGAUCUCCUCAACGACCGUUUCCACCUCCAGUUCAUCAUCCCCUUCCGCGACCUCGUCCACCUCGUCUUUCAACAGCACCCUUGUCGCUAGCCCAACUGCCAUCCUCGCAACAGCCUCAUCCGUCUACAAAAUCCCCACCACCGGCACUGGUUCGCCCCGCGUCUCCGGCACAGGUGCACCUGUCGCAACCUCGUCCAUCUCGGAUAACUUCAUUGGCGCCGCGUCGAACUUGAAUGGCAUGUAUGCGGGCGGUGCAGGAGUGGUGGUCAUGAUCGCAGCGGCGAUGUUGUAA